AAGGGGCUUUUUUCGAUUUCUGCUGCGUAAGAGAAGCUCAGGGGAAAGUGAGAGUCAGGAGGGCUCUUUCGGGAGAACGCGGCCACUUUGACAUAGGGAUACGUAUAGGCCUCUCAACACCACACGCAAGGAAAGUAUGGCACAAAAGCUACACGACGGGGAGUCUUCUGAGGAGGAUGAGAUAUUUCUCCAUCCCAGCAGAAGGCCCAGACUCGUCAUCCAGAGCUCACUGAAGAGGUAGAACCACCUCCAUUUCAGCAGGAGGCUCCACCUCAGCCUUCAGAGGUCCCUGAGGAACUAGAAACUCCAAGUCCUCAAGAGGCCCUCUCCCGGCCUUUGGAGACACUUAAGGAGCUUGUAGUUCGACCAGUAGCACAUCAUGGGGUAAAUGAAGCUCAGCAGUCAAACUUGUACAAUUUCACUAUUACACCUAUGGAUCUGGCACUUACCAUAACUCCACAGGUCACUAAAUAGGUUGAUCCUUCUCCAGUCCAGCAGGAGACCCUGUCUCAGCCUCCAGAGAGCCCUCAGGAGGUGCACCUUCUCUACUCUAUCAAGACGCCCCAACUCAGGCUCCAGGUCUCCCUACUGAGUAUGUACAUGUAAUUCCAGUGAAUGAAGAGGUAGCAUCUCUACCUGGCGUUCAGCGUCACGCUCAUUCCAACUUGCCCAGUGUUACACUUCAACCUCUGGAUUUGGAACUUAACCAUCACUCCAGAGCCCACUACGGAAGCUGAAUUUCCUACAGCUCAGCAGGAGGCCCUGACUCCUCCACCUCUUGAGCAUCCUGAGGGGACAGAAUCUUCUCCAACCCAACAAGAGACCUCAGCUAUGCCUCCAGAGCCUCCUGGAGAGGUUGAGCCUUCAAGGGAGCAGGAGCAACCAGCUCAGCCUUCUGAGCCUCCUGGGGAAGUUGAACCUUCUCCAACCCAGCAGGAGCCCACAGGUCAGCCCCCAGGGCCUCUUGUGGACGCUGAGCCUUCUCCAAGUGAACAGGAUCAACCGACUCAGCCUUCCGAGCCUACAGAGCCUCCUGAGGAGGUGAAAACAGCAACCCAGCAGGACAUUCCAGCUCAGCUUUCAGAGUCUUUUGGAGAACCUGAAACCUCUGCAACCAAGGAGGAAGCCUCAGCUCAGUAUCCAGAGACCCCUAAUGAGGCAGAAUCUUCUGCAACCCAGCAGGAGAUCCCAGCUCUGUCUCCAGCGGAGAUAGAAACUUCUGCAACCCUGCAGGAGCAACCAGCUCAGCCUCCAGAGCCUUCUUCAGGGGAGGUGGAACCUUCUCCGACUCAACAGGAACAGCCAGCUCAACCUCCAGAGCAUCAUGAAAUGACAGUUUCACCUCCAAGUCACCCUCAUGCUCAGCAUUCAGACUUAUCCGGUGUCACUGUCAAACAUGCAGAUGUGGAGCUUACCAUAACGAAAGAACCCACUCCAGAGGUGGGACCUUCUCCAAAUCAGCGCAAGCCUUCAGCUCAGCCUCAGUGCCCCUUACUAAUGCAGAAUUUUCUACAAUGCAACAUGAGGCCCCCACACUGCCUUCACAGCCACCUAAGGAGGUUGAACUUUUGCCAGUUCAGCAGGAGGCUCCAGCCGAACUCUAGAAGACAGUACACGUAAUAAACCUUCAGUACAAGAGGAGACCCCAGCUCAGUAUCCGGAGCAUCGUGGAUAAGAGGUUAUACCUGCCACAAGCCAGCAGUAGAGUCCAGAUCAGCUUUCACAGGCUCCUGACGUACCUUCUCCACCUCAGCAGGAAGCCACAGCUCAGCAUCCAGAGUCUCAUGGUGAGGUGGAAUCCUCUCCAACUCAGUCUCCAGAGCUCUCUAAUGUGACUGUAGUUUUCUCUGCAGAGCAUCCUGUGACAACAGUUUCUUCUCUAGGUCAGGAUCAAGCUCAGCUUCUGCAGUGGCCCGAUGUCACUGUUAAACCUGCGGAUCUUGCACUUACAGUAACUCCAGCGUUCACUAAUGAGGUUGAAACUUCUCCACCCCAACAAGAAACCUCGGCUCAGUCUACAGUGUCCCCUGAGCAGUUGGAACCUUUGUCAGUCCAGCAAGAAUUUUCAGAUCAGCAUCCAAGCCCCUCUGAGAAUGUUGAACCUUCUCCAGUUCAGCAGGGAGCCCCAACUCAACCUGAAGAGCUUCCUGAGGAAACUGACCCUUCUCCAAGCCAGCAGGAGAGCUCAGCUCAGCAUCCAAAGCCCACUGAGUGGGUUGGACCUUCUCCAGUCCAGUAUCAGCACCGAACUCAGCCUCCAGGGGCCUCUACAGAUGGUGCAGCUCAACCUUCAGUACAUAAUGAAGUGACAUUCUCACCUCUAGGUCCAGGUGAAGUUGAACAUCCAAUGUUGCCUAAUAUCACAGUUAAACCCAUGGAUCUGGAGGUUGUCUUAACUCUAGAGCCCACUAAUGAGGUUGAACAUCCUCCAGUGCAGCAGGAGGACUCUACUCAGACUCCAGAUCCCCCUGGAGGGAUAGAGCUUUCUUUAAUCCAGGACGAGGCCCCAGCUCAGUCUCCGGUUCCCCAGGGGAGCUCAGCUAUAUGUCCGUAGCCCCCUAAGAAGGUGGUACCUUCUCCCACAGAGCAGGAGCUUCAGGCUCAUUCACCAGAACUCCCUGCAAAGGUGGAACUAUUUCCAGUCCCUCAAGGGACCCUCCUCACCUUCUACAGCCCCCUGAGAACAUGGAAUCUUCUCCAGUCCAACAGGCAUUCCCAGGCCUACCUCUGGAACCCCUUAAAGAGACAGAACCUUCUCCAGCUGAGCAGGAGGCCCCAUCUCAGCCUCCAGCACCACCUAAGGAGGUUGUAGCACAAACUCCAGUGCAUUAUGAGAUGACAAUUCCAACAGUAGGACAGGAUCAAGCUCAGCAUUUAAACUUGCCCAGAGUCACAGUUAAUCCUUUGGACCAGGGUCUUCCCACAGCUCCAGAACCUACAACGGAGGCUGAAUAUUCUGCAGCCCUGCAGCAGACUGCAUUUCCUCCAACAUAGCCCGAGGUGACAUUUCCAAAUGCAGAGCAAGUUCAGGCUCAGCAUCCAACCUUGACAGAGGUCACAAUUCAACCUUUGAACCUUGAACUGACCAUAAGGCCACAACCCACUAAGGAGGAUGAACCUUCUCCAACCAUGCAGGAUAACUUAACACAGCCUCCAGAACCACCUAAGGAGGUUUUUGUAGCUCAGCUUCCAGUAUAUCAGAACCCAAUAGUUCCAACACCAGAACAGGAUCACACUGAGCGUCCAGCAUCACCCAGUGUCACAGUUCAACCUUUAAACCAGGGGCUUACCACAACUCCAGAACCUACUAUGGAGGGUGAACAUUCCACACCCCUGCAGGAGACUAUAGAUCCUCCAACAUACCACGAGGUGACACUUCCAAAUCCAGAGCAAGUUCAGGCUCAGCAUCCAACCUUAACUGAGGUCACAGUUCAACCUUUGGACCUGGAACUUACGUUAACUCUGGAAUCCACUUUGGAGGUUGAUCCUUCUCCAACCAUGCAGCAGACCCAAGCUCAGCCUCCAGAGCUCAUUAAGGAAGUCGUAGCUCAGUCUCCAUUAUACUCCAAAGUGACAGUUCCAGCGCCAGAUCAGGAUCAUGCUGAGCAUCCAGUAUCACCCAGUAUCAUAGUUAAACCUUUGGACCUGGAACUUACCACAACUCCAGAACCUACUACAGAGUCUGAACAUUCUGCAGCCUGGCAGCAGACUACAGCUCCCCCCUCCAAAACACCCUGAGAUGACACUUGCACAGCCAAACCUGACUCAACUCACAAUUCAACCUAUGGAUGUGGAAAUUACCAUUACUGCAGGAUGCAAUAUGGAGACUGUACCUUCUCCAAUCAUGCAGCACACCCCAACUUAGCCUCCAGCGGCACCUCAGUAUGUUGUACUUCAAUCUCCAUUCCAACAGGAGGUGACAGUUUCAAAUCCAAGUAAGGAUCAAGGUCAGCAUUCAACAUCAUCGAGCGUCAGAGUUCAUGAUGUGGACCUAGAGCAAACCACCACUCCAGAAUCCACUAUGGAGGCUGGACAUUGUACAUCCCUCCAGCAGACUACAGCUUCCCCUCCAAAACACCCUGAGGUGACACUUGCACAACCAAACCUGACUCAAGUCACAGUUCUACCUGUGGGCCUGUGAGUUAACAUAUCUCAGCAACCAAGGGCAUCUGAGACAGUUCUUUUUCCUUUGACUCAGUAUUCAGUAUCCACAGGCCUUCCUGGUGUAAAAUAUACCCCAGAAAAGAAGCAGCCGGAACAGAAUGCCACCACGAACAUCAGCAUAUGUGAGCUGUGUACCUGCAAAAAUGAGAUGCUGUCGUGUGUUGGUCUGAGCCCAAAGCAGAAGCUCCACAGAGUGCCUGAGCCAGAGCCUAACGCCUACAACGGCACCUUCACCCUCAUAAAUCUUGGUUGCAGUUUACUCACAGAACUGAGCUUUGGAACGUUUCAGGCCUGGCAUGGAAUGAAGUUUUUACACAAGUAAAUUCUCAAUCGUAAUCCUUUGACAGCAGUUGAAGAUUCUUAUGUUUUUACAUUGCCAGCAUUAAAAUAUUUGUAAGUAUUGCAACAGUUUCAUGGCUCAUGAGAUAAUUUCUGCUCCUUCUUUCUUUUGUCAAAGAUUGAGUACUUUGGCUAAAAAGUCAUAAUUUAGAUUUUACCUGGGUUAUUGAAAAUAAGAAUUAUUGGCAAAGAAAAGGAUUAAGAAAGAAUAUAUGCGGGUAAGACAGCCAGCAGAGAAUGAGAACAUUGUUGAAGAACACAUGUAGUUAUGGAAGAUGUAGAUGAAUGUAGGAAUAUUACUUAUCCCAGAAAGCAAAAAGCAAUAAGGGGUACAUUAUUUUAUUAAAAAGAGUGAUCAAAGAGGUAGAUGCAAUGGAAAAUGAGAAGCUAGGAUAAUAAAAAAUGAUUGUGCUGUUCAGCACCAAGGUCAUUCAUUUGAUGAUGCAAAUUUAAAUUUCUUCAAUAAGAGCUCUUUGGAAUUAUCAUCUAUGGCAAGUAAGAAGCCAGAAUUGAAGUAAUCACAUGUUAAGUAUCUUUUUAAGUGUAGAAUUUUUGUCUUUGGGUUUUAUAUCAUGCAUGUUUGGGCUUCUCCUUCAGAGACAUGGGAACAACACAAGUGUCACAGCAAUUGAAAGCAUCGUCAUGAUGACCCUUGAAUUGGAAAAACU